UGUCUGUAUAUGUAUGUGUAUAUAUAGUAUAUAUGACGGCAUGCUCUAAGGCAACUGUGUUAAAUAAAAGGAACGUUGCAUGGACGAGCCAAAAAUAACAACAAUCAUAGUAAUAAAUUAUGCAUCCAAAGAAAUGAAAAUCCUAUAAUGGUUGCAGGAAUAAUAAAAAAUGCAAAGCCUUACAAACCGGUAUAUUAAAUCUGGGGCAUAACAGCUGACAUAUCUGAGCAUAGGCCGCAACGCUCGAAAACCCAUCCUUAAGGGCAAAAACUGAAAACAUAUUUAUAUAUGAAAAUCAACACGCCGCAGAGCCUACUGUGUCCUUUAACGGGGUAACCUCACAGCGGCAAACAAAAUACACAACACAAGCGGAAUAACGGUAUAUUACUAUGUACUACAUAAGCAACAUAAAAUGCGGUAGUGCACGCGAAUGUCAGCAACAACAAGCACAAUGAAGCAGAAACAUGUGGCAAAAUAGAAAAGAACGGAGGAAGACGAUAAAACGACAGUGACAGCGACAGCGCCAACGAUCGAUUUUUUAUACCCUUUCACGCUUUGCACGUUCCACUGCUUUACGAGUGCAAUUCCAUACACGAGCUCAACCAACGGCGCAAGGGUAUUACAAUUCACUCGACUGUUGUUCUCAACAAUGAAGCAAAAGCGUUUCAAGUCCGUCCUAUACAGUUACUUUUGAGCAUCUCAUUACAAUCAUAGAAAUUAUGUAAACAUAAAGCGAUUUGCGGCCUAUUAAGAGUUCGGUCAUAGAAAACUGAAACCCUUUAUCCAAUCAACCAUUUCCAUCUCUAUAAUAUGCGCCGCGCUGUGCUCUGAGCGUCCUUACUCGCUUUGUAGUUGUUCUCCUUUGGUCUUCUUGCAAGUGUGUCGGUCGCGUUUUUGCGCGCGCACAGACAUGAGUCGGUUUUUUAUACAUUCACCUAUAGUUGUGUGGGCGUGUGGGUGUGUGUAUGUGUGUGAAUGUUGAAAAAAGUAGGACUCCGAGGUCGUGCAAGCCUCAUACGCUCGCGAGCGAAUGUGUAUGUGCGACACUCUGUGAUGCACAAGUUCAGUGUUAAUAACAAAUUUAAUUGUUUUCGAUUUUUCAACAAAAAUAACAACAAUGAGUAGGCUUUAGGUACACUACGAGCUACGACUACAAAGAGUGAUGGAAAAGUGAACGACAAACAGACGCGUCACAACCGCAGACACUUUGUCAAGCGUAACGAUUAUUAAAGGCUUUUACAAAAACCGAACGAAAAGCCGAUAUUGAAAAACGUUUAAACAAAAAGUGAAAACUCAUCGUCACCGCAUUGACGUGGCGCAGCCAAUUUUUCUGGUAUUAUCACGUUGGGGGCACAGCAGCCGGCAGAGGCGGUGAAGCUGGCGAAGCACAAGCGUUGAAACCAAAAAAGAAAUUCGAAAGACUUUAAAGUUAAUAAAUACACAAGCCAAACACAUUAGUAUUCUCUAGAGUAGCCGCACGUGUGAAUAUGGGCUAUGACAAUGUAGGGUAGGUGGUGGUGGUGGAUGUUGUUCGCAGGUGAACAAUAAAUGUCAAGUACACACACACAUACAAAGUGUGUGCUUGCUGCAAACAAUGAAACAAAAGCACUUAAAGUGCGCGAAUUUGUAAGAGUGUCACUGGAAACAAAGUGAAACAUCUAAAGUGAACUAGAAGACAGGAGCAAGUGUGUGUGACAGGAUGCAGAACUUAGCAGUGUAACGGUGAAUAGGAGAAAUCAACGUCUACAAAGAGUGCGGUGAAGUUAGCGAGAAAAUCCUCAGCAGAUUUUUGCUGGCGUUUAAUUAAAAACGGAUAAUCAGUAUUUGACGACGUCGACAAGUGACUUAUUUGCUGAUUUUGCUGUCGACAGACACAAGGAGCCCAAGCGGCUGAGGAGGUGGGUGAGCCGAAACUCAUCAGCAGUUAGCGAGAAUGUUGUUGACGACCGUGUCCUCGAUGGCUCACCCGAACCUAAACUGUGUUUCGUUGAACUUGGGAGGUACGAGGUGAUUUGUGAUUGACAGCCGGAGGAAAAGGGUAGUGAAAAUCUGUUGAUCAACAUUAUUAUGCUUCAAAGCAAUCAACAAAAGUUGCAAGAACAAAACCAGAAGUUUUGAAGGCUGAAACUGUUGCUGACCAAGCUACCUAGCAACAAAGCUUGCAACUUGGGUGACAAUGACAUUAUUGGAUUGUUGAACGCAGCAAAAUUUCCUGAUGACUACCAUCAAAAGGACACUGUUGAACCUGCAAUUGCAAUUGUCACAUCUACUGCAACAGAAAGUGAGAAUAUCAAUGCCUUUGAGACGUGAAGCAACGACCGAAGGGCCGAAAGAUAAAUUGCUGACCCAAAAUACACUCAAUGCCAUUUUCACUCCGGAAGACAACAACACAAUCAGCACUAACGCCAAUUUUCAACUGAAAACAAGAAAACAACUGAAUUCGGCCGAGGCAGCCAACCAAUAGUAAAUGGCAAAUGAAUAGAGGAAAUAAAUUAAACUAGAAAAAUUAGGACGCAAAAUUAGAAAGCAAAGUUAUCCAGUAAAUUUAGGGAGGAGAAAUUGGUGCUAUAUGGCAAUUAAACCUGCAAUCAAUCGAGGUGCUGAGUACGAAAGUCCAAUAAAAACGACAACAAUAUCCUUGAUAUAAACGCCUCCAAUUCCCCCACCAACACAGUCACAGGCCACAAACAGCACUAUCACUGACAGUUUCAACCAUAAAGCCAACGGUAAAGGCGAAACUGAAACGUUAGUACGAGGGAUCAACGGCCUAUGAUAGACGCACGAUGUGCACGAACGUUGCAGCUAAGCCGGCGAACAGCAGUAGCAGCAACAGCAUUAGCACAGGGAGCAAUAACAAAGAGAUCAACACCAAUAUCCACCAUACAUACAGCGGCAGCCGACGCAAUAGCGUAGCGACAACAAUCGCAGCCAGCUUGGUCGUCAUCACCUACCUCGGCCACCCGGCCGCAUCGCAAGAAUUCACAGCUCCUUCAGCGGCAAGUGCAGCGAUCACCCACCGCGAAACUCACAAUAUCAGCGAAUACGCGACGACUGAAAUACCAGCAGCAGCGGCGAUUGUAAAUUAUACAAUCGAAAUUACAGCGAAUUUCGAUUCGACUUCAGCUGGUAGAGAAACAACGCCAGCGUCCGCCAGCACCCCUGCCGAUAUAGACGCAUCCUCGCCAACAACCGUCAAAAGAAACGCGAUAUACAGCAGCGCAAAUGCCUAUGUGCCUGCAGUGACGUCAACAGCAACUGCGACAGUGCUGGCUACCACCAUCGGCGAAGCAGAAGCGACUUUCAACGCAUUGGUGUUCAACGACUCAUUCACAGAGAGUUACAAUGGCAGCAUAUAUAGCGGCAACAAAACCAGCGACGAUGUCAACUUAACGGUACUCAACAUCACCGAUAUCGCCUCGCAAAACAACUGGGCUAAAUUGUCCAGCCUGUCGUUUUUCAUUGGGAAAGCCUGCGCAUUCGCUGCAAUUAUCUCAGCAGCGGUGCUGGGCAAUGCCUUGGUCAUCAUUUCGGUGCGCCGCAAUCGCAAAUUACGCGUUAUCACGAAUUAUUUCGUCGUCUCGUUGGCCAUGGCAGACAUGUUGGUGGCGUUGUGUGCGAUGACAUUUAAUGCGACGGUGGAGCUCUCAGACGGCAAGUGGAUGUUCGGCCGCUUCAUGUGCAACGUGUACAACAGCCUGGAUGUGUACUUUUCCACGGCGAGUAUUUUGCAUUUAUGCUGUAUCUCCGUCGAUCGAUAUUUCGCCAUCGUGCGCCCGCUCGAGUAUCCACUGUAUAUGACGACUCGUAUAGUUUACUUUAUGCUCGCGAACGUGUGGAUACUCCCAGCGCUUAUAUCGUUCACACCCAUCUUCCUGGGUUGGUAUACGACCGCUGAGCACCAGCGGGAAAUCUUAAUGCAUCCGGAUCAGUGCUCAUUUGUGGUCAACAAGGCGUACGCAAUCAUUUCGAGUUCAGUCAGCUUCUGGAUACCGGGCAUCGUGAUGCUCUGCAUGUAUUGGCGCAUCUACAAAGAAGCGGUGCGACAAAGGAAAGCUCUAAGCCGUACAAGUUCGAAUAUUCUGUUGAACAGUGUGCACAUGGGCCAUACCCAAUCGACCAACCUCAAUUAUUUGCACCCAAGCGAUUGCGAACUGAGCGCUAACUUAGCGCGCGAGGAGACACAUAGCGCGAUUAACAAUUUAGAGGAUAUACUGCCACAAACAACAGAUGAAGACGAUGAAAAAGAUGAUUGUGAUGAUUGCGAUGAAUUGCGAGUGCCAGCUCCGCCGCGUCGGCUCAGCCGGAGUAGCAUCGAUUUGCGGGACUUGGAGCAAGAACGAUACGAGAGAGUCACGCACACCGACAGCGCUCCCUCAAUGAUCGCACUACAUCAUGCCGCACAACAACAACCAAAUGGUGAGGCCACGACCCUUAACCCUCAUAUUUGGACAGAAGGACUUGGGGAACUACAGCAAUCCGUUUACAUUACGAAACGGUCCGCCUCUCCAAUUAAUUCUAAUCAGAAUUCGCCAAAGCAAUCACCCAGCCAACGACUAAGUUCUAGCAGUAAGCAAUCUCUACAGGUGAGACAAAAAUUGUUGGAUGCAGAGCAAUAUCAACAGAUAUUUGGCAUGAUGAGCGAUGAUAGUGAGACCACCGACUAUUGCGACAAUAUAAUCCAAUUGGGAGUGAAGCAGCAGCAGUUACAGGCUCCAGCAACAUGCUUGCCAAUCGCAGAGGAUAAUAAAGAACUAAAACGCCUCAUUGAAGACAGUUAUUUGUAUUUUAAGAAGCAAACUAAUAUGCAGAUUGGUGCUGAACCAAGCGAGCAACAACAGACUGCUGGAAAUCGGAAAUAUCCGGCGCAUAGUGAAAGUGAUUUUAUAAAGAUGAAAAACGGUCGCAAUCGCAGUCGUAGUAGUAGCGGCCAUGAAGGUAAUGCCAAAAAACCGUGUGCUCUAAGUGAUUCUGAGUUCCUCAAGACACUGGCUGACUCCACAAAUAAGCGAAAACAAUUAGAAUCACUCACAGAAGGUGUUGUAAAAGAAGAUAAGGAAAAAGUAAGAGACAAGGGCUUUACAUUUAAAGGUUUGUUAGCGAAAACGAAACGAUCAAGCACAGAAUGUUUUUCCAUCGAAAAGAAACGCCACCAAGCCACAUCUGAAGAAAUACGCAGCAAUCGUGCACAACUAUUUCGACGGUCACGCAAUCGCAAGCUGUCACAUAGUUACAACGGAGGCAUGAGCCGGAAACAGGAGAUGAGUUCACGCCAACACAGUGACACUGACUCAGAGGCUGGUUUCAUCUAUUAUUCGUACACUAUGGGGGAGAGUCAGGAGAGUUCGGCUACACGCUACAACACUCCUGAUAUUUUACUCGAUAUCAAUGUGUUAAACGAACAAACGGAUGACUCUAUAAAAGACAAUAUUUCAGUUCGAACACACGAAUUCGAGAUAACUACGUCUCCACACGGACAUAACGACUCAGUGCAACUAAUUGACUUAGGAGAUUCUCACGAAGUAGCUUAUAGUGGCUCAGACGACUUCUCGCAAUACACCGACUGUCUUACAGAGUCCCCACAUAUACCAGCUACACCGCCACCGUCACUGUCGCCUUCCUCAUUAACCGAAGCUAUAGUUCCUGAUCAACCCAUUAAAUGCGCCAUUGAACUGCCGGAGAAAAGCAAUAU